AUGUCUUACUACUUCUUCCCCUCCCCUGCUUUUCGACAGUUGGACGCUAUCACGAGUCCCGAAGACGAUGAUUACGAUGGCUACGAAUCGGAUCCCGACUUCGAAGCUGACGACGGCCGCGAGGUUCUGAAGAAGUCCCUUCACCAUCUUGGACUGGCCAAGAAUUACACUCCGCAGUGGCGGCGAGAGGAUGCAUUCAGGGAAUUCUAUCAAAACUGGAAGGAUGGAAUUGUUGCGUCGUUCGGAGUCGAUCCUCGAUUUUUCAAGCCGGUUUUUGACAGAAACGACGACCGGGAGAUCCACAUCACCGCUCGCACAGAAAGUGGUCAUCUGCUUGGCUACAUCCGCUUCAACGGCAAACAAGGCACUCUGGAGCUGACCAAUUUCAAGGCCAAGCUCGACCGAAAACACCUGGCCCUGGGCGCGACAAGUAAGCGGAAUAACGACACAUUUGCAGGAGGUCACGGUGAAGGUUUCAAGCUGGCUGCACUCGUGAUGCGAAGGAACGGACACUCGGUAAUGUUUGAGACGAACUCCUUCCGCUGGAACUUCAGCUUCCGAGGCAGUGACCCACAUCUUUGUUGUCUUUUGAACAAUCCGAGACCCAAACUGUUGCGCGAGCAGCGAGAUGAAUAUGAACGACGACAACGGUCGGCACGUGAUGCUCACCGAGGACUCACUUCUUACAUCUGGGAAGACAUGACAGUCAAAAUAGGCAAGUCCAGAGACAGGGAAGGUGCUCAGAAAGUCUCCGAACAAGAUUUUCGCGCGUGGAUGAGAGUGUCAAUCGAUCUGGACCCUCCAGACCCAACUCAAAGUGUUCCUACAAUCACGGGACACCUCAUAUUUGACCCACGGUUUCGAAAUCGAAUCUACCUCCAUGGCCUCCUCGUCUCUGAGUCCGCUGGUGAUUCGCAAGGUGGGAAAUCCUACCAUUUUGGCUAUAAUUUCCACCGGGGAAAAAUCAACCGGGAUAGACAGCGGAUGACAGAUCAAGAUGAAGAGGCCAGAACCUUGGCCAGUAUUUGGGAGCAGGCUAUCGUGCUGAGGGGCAAUUUUGUCAUCGAUGCCUAUAUCAAAUUGUUUGCCGAAGACGAAGAAGCUUCUGAUGUUGUGCAAGCCUACCGGUACAUGGGGCCGGUAACAGCACAGAAUCUUUGCCGGCGCCUGAAGGAGUCUCAUCCGGAAGCAUUCUUCUACGCCGAUAGAGGUGAGUCGGAACGGAAUGCCACUACAGAUGAGGACAUCAUCUCGAAAGAACUCAAAAAACGGCCCUUGAAGCUUGGGAAAAAAAUCUGGUCUAUCCUCAGAAAAGAGCCACCGUUGAUGCGCACGCCCCUUGAAGAAAGAAAUCACUUGUUCGAGUCCUCACAGAGGAUAGAACCAGGCCAGGAUAUCUUCGGCCUCAAUAUUAUCCGCGCUCUGAACGGUGCAUUCACCUUGCACCCAGAGUUGAGCAAUGUCAACAUCGAGUUUGUGGACGGAGCUGAUACCGCAAUUGAUCUCCUCUAUGCCGCGGACCGGAAUCUGCUUCGCAUACACGCAAAAUGGCUCGACGUUGCGCGGGUACACGAAGGAUCCUGUUGCGAGUUUUUCAAGGUUGCAGGAGAACAAUUAACCAGCGAAAGUGCCUUCUUCUGCGACCACGUCGUUCAAGAUCUGCUCGCGGCUGCUUUCGAAGAAGUCCGCACUCCGCUCGGCUUGACGCUGGCGACUGCUGCUUGGCUUCGAAGAAAUGCAAACGAAUAUCUCCGGAAGAUGCCACGCGCUAUCCGCAUGAGGUUUCUGGAUGCUGGCAAGAAGUUGAAGGUGGAGUGGGUCGGCAACGAGAGCGGAGCCUUCACGGUCAGAUACGGAGCAAAUAUUCAGUACUGUGUCACACUCCAUAAAGAGAGCACAUGUGGGCGAAGAAAGACGGAGGUUCUGAAUGUUGCCGCUACUCAUCCAGCUUCCGAACAACCAGCUCAAGUAAACGACCUUUGCGAUUGUCCAACCCGAACCGUCACUCAAGUUCUCUCAAAGGCCAUCUUUGACGGACUAGACCCCAAUGCAUCUUACUUCCCAAUGGUGUCGCGAGCCGAAACACCAUCAUUUUUUGGACUACCACCGCCCUCAUCUCACCACCUUACAGCAUCGGCCUCGGAGUCCGGCUCGAAUUACGGCUCGAGCUAUGAUACUUUGAAAGAAGAGGACAGUGACUCUGAUGAGACUGUCGACCUCGAAGCACGAGAUCCCCAACCUUCUGCUCGACCAGAAGCCGUUGUAUUGCAAAGCACGAGGGUGCAAGACGACGAACAUGAAUGGCAGGAGUGGCAUCAGCAGCAUUGUCAAAGCAACCAGACUCGAGUUUCUCCUCCGCCAAAUCAGGCUUUCGAGGUGGACGCUAUCGUUCUUCCUUCAAUUUACUGUAUGCGCCUCAGACUGACUUUAGAGCAAGGCUGCUACUAUCAUGUCCUGUUGGCAGGAGAAGAACGCGAGCAGGUCAUCUUUGUUCACAAUACCUCCUUCAUCAACAUUCGAUCUGGACACGGCUAUUCCUUGCUCGUCACCAAGUACUCUUUUCUCAGCUCCAUCUUCUCACAUAAGAACCCCCCGUCGUCUGUAACCCCAAUAGCCGACGAUCAAGAGGUAAUCUUGCACUUCUGCGACUUUGAUAAGAUGCGGGCGCCGCAGGAUGCAGAAGCGAUAUCUCUUGACGACAUCUUAUCUGCAUACCGGGUCGGAACUGGGAGGGACAGCGUUAGCCAUAUUCCACGCCAUCGCGCAGACACUAAGUCCGAGACGCUCUUCUGUCGGUUUGGCAUUUCUGAAGCAAGCGCAGAUGGACGCGUCAACUCAAUGACACCUCUGGCGCCUCAUCUCUUACUGCAUCAAGAAAAUCGUUCGCAGAGAUCCAGCUUCCCCAGUGAGACGCCGCCCGUGGCGUUUGAUCUGAGCCCUUCUGUGUUGGGUGUUUCGGAAGGAUUUGCAGCGAGUGGAUUCACUAUUCAGGCAGCGUUCGGACUCGACGAAAGAAGACAUACUACGUGGAUGAAUCGACAUGGUAUCGCACAAUGUUUUGAUGGACCGAUUCCCCGUAUAUUCAAGGACUUCGACUCUGGAAAGCUCCAGCCGAUCCGACACCAAAAUCCAGCGCUUCCCAAGGUACUCCUUUUCGCGCACGACCAGACAUGUUUCCGACUCAAUGCACAGAACUGUCAAAUGCCGACUUUGCAUCAGUUCUUGAAACCCCUGGAUGCCGUCCAGAAAGCUGUUGAAGUAUUGAGACCCGACUUUCUCGUCAUGUUACUACCUCCCGCGGUUCGUCAUCCAUCAGCGAUGGCAAGGUUCUCCAAGAUGCUCUUCAACUUUCUGGAAAUGGGCUUUUCAGUUCACUCCACGCUGAUUCGACUGAGCGAUUACGGAGUUCCGCAAGAGAGGAGUAUUCUUGCAACCAUCGCGUCACCGGACGGCGUGCCUAUGCCCUGGAAGUUGGAUGACUACACCGCUGGACGCCAGCUUCCCGCCACAAUUGGGAGUUUGAUCGGAGACUUGGCCUUUGAGAAUCCUCGCCUACAGAGCAAGCCGAACACAGGGUUUGUGUGCAAGCUUCCCACUCGUCCGGGGUCGGCCGCGGGAGCCUCGAAGCCUGUCUACAAUCACUACACCGGGAUUCGUGUUGCGCCUAGCGCCCCGAAUAUCUCGAUGGACAGUGAAGCUCUGUAUAUCUCCAGUAGACAGAAGGUGUGGAUUCAUCCAGUUCGACGCGACAGAGUGACGGUCCGUGAACUUGCGCGACUACAAGGCAUUGCCGAUGAGCUGCCCUUCUCCGGGUCCAUCGAAGAUCAGUACGAAACUGUCUGCAAAGCCCUCCCUCCGAUCGUUGCCGAAAUGAUUGCGCAUACAAUUCGAGAGGCGAUCGACAACUCUCGGGUCGUUCCUGUCAGUGGCGGCGGGGGGAAUAACAGAAGAAAGAGAGCAAGAGUUAUGAGGGGAUGA